AUGCUCGCCAAAUCUCUCCUCAUCUCCUCGCUGGCCGCCGCCGUCGCCGCAGAGGACCACGUCCUCGGCGUGUACAUCUUCCACCGUCACGGCGACCGCACCUCCAAGUCGUGGAAGCCCGUCAACCUGACGCCUCUCGGUGCCGAUGAGGCCUUCUCGUCGGGUUCCUUCUUCCGCAACAGAUACGUCCAAAAGGGUGCCGCCUUCCAGGUCGCCGGCAUCCAGCCCGACACCGCCGUCCUCUCCCAGCUCAGCGUCACCUCGCCCAAGGACGCCGUCCUGCACAACUCGGCCAUGGCCUUCCUCCAGGGCCUCUACCCUCCCACGGCUGCCACUGCCGAAACCCUCGCCAACAACACAAAGGUCAACGCCCCGCUCCAGGGCUACCAGUACAUCCCUGUCGACGCUGUCGAGCAGGCCGCUACGGCUACCAAGGCCGAGAGCAACGCCUGGCUCCAGGGCAACUCGGGGUGCCCAAAGGCCGUGUCUAGCUCUAACAGCUACCUCUCGUCUGACGGCUUCAACAAGGACGUUGCCGACUCCAAGGACUUUUACCAGAGCCUGCUGCCUGCUAUCCAGACUACUUUCAACUCGGGCAAUGCUACCUUUAAGAACGCCUAUACCAUCUUCGACUAUCUCAACGUCGCCCAGAUCCACAACCAGACCUACCCUGGCCAGGACCUCGUCAACAAGACCGAAACCCUCAACCGUCUCUACUCCCUCGCCUCCACCCACGAAUGGAACCUCGCCUACUCUGAGACCGAGCCCGUCCGCGCCAUCGCCGGUGCCGUCCUUGCUGGCCAGGCCCUCGGCGCCCUGACCGACCUCGCCAACAAGAAGAAGGGCGCCACCACCUUCAACAUCCAGUUCGGCGCCUACGGCACCUUCAUGUCCUUCUUCGGUCUCGCCCAGCUCCAGAAGGCCGACCCCAAGUUCUACGGUAUCUGCGACUACGCCUCCUCCAUGGUCCUUGAGCUUGUUGCCCCCUCUGCCGACGCCAAGAAGGAGGACAUGUCUGUCCGCUUCUUGUUUGCCAACGGCACUGCUGCCCAGAACGAGCUCACCCAGUACCCUCUCUUCGGCAAGACUGCCCUGUCCUGGAACGACUUCCAGGCCGGUAUGAACAAGAUCGCCGUUAGCGACACUGCUAGCUGGUGCAACGCCUGCGGCAACCCUGCUGCCCAGUGCUCUGCCAACAGCACCGACUCUUCUGUCAGCGCUUCUUCCUCUUCUUCUGACUCUGGCGUCUCGCGCCCCGUUGCUGGUGUCAUUGGUGCUCUCGUCACCCUUGUUGUUAUCCUCGGUGUCCAGGCCCUCGUCAUGCUCAUCGGUGGCAUGCGCCUCGUCAAGAAGUCUACUCUUGUCCAGGCCCAGCAGAACAGCGCUGCUGCCGCUGGCAAGGCGUAA